AUGGGAAAUUUCUGCGCAAGAAGUGAUGCUGAUGACUCUGUGACUCGUCCAAAAUUUAACAUAGGCAAAGAUUACCGCGAGAUAGAAGGUCAAGCUUCAGGUGAAGGGAUUAAAAAAACGAUCGCUUGAAAAGCCUCUAUUACCCGUCCUCAACUUAAUUCAAAGCGAGAAGAAUUCUGAAGAACAAGGACUACAGGGAGAAGGAGCACCUGGCUUGCUAUAAAAAGUGCUGUAGAAGCAGAUCACGCCACAGCUGCUGUUCUGCUACAAAUGGCUGGGAUUACGUGCAGAGAUGGCUGCAUUACUGUCUGUGAAGACGCUAAUGGAAAUAUCUACGAUAUCCCUCCUUUUAUAAUAAAUGACCCUGUCGCCUUUGUGAAUGAAAAGAAACACCGGGUAAACAGGCCCACAAUUGUCGAGCAUGAACUUUUAAAACUGAAACUGAGAAGACCUGGGAAAGCUCAGGAUGUAGAAAUAGAAAUUGAAAGCCAAAACCUUGUGAGUCUACUUAAAGAGGAAUACUCAAAAAAAGAAGGAAUCCCAGCUGCAGAUGUUAGAGUCUUUUUCGGAGGAAAAGAGCUAAAAGACGAGAACACUUUGCUGAGUUAUUAUAUAACCAACGACAUGGUUUUGAUGGUCUUUUUAAAGCAAAGUUAA